AUUUAAUAAAGUCAAUCGAAGAGACCUCCACUUUCGAAUCUCUAUUUCUUUCUUUAUCUCUCUCUCUCUACACAUUCGUUUCGUUCAGAUUCUCCCAAAUAUACAGACUUCUAGAGAGAGAAAACAGACAACUGCCUUCUCCUCCCCUCUCUCUCUAUCUCUCUCUAAACACCAUGAACGGAAAGGCCAGCGUGUCCAAAGAGCUCAAUGCGAAGCAGAAAAAGAUAUUAGAGGGGCUUCUUAAAUUACCAGAGAAUAGGGAAUGUGCUGACUGCAAAAGCAAAGCUCCAAGAUGGGCUAGCGUGAAUCUAGGAAUCUUCAUAUGCAUGCAAUGUUCUGGGAUCCACAGAAGUCUUGGAGUACACAUAUCGAAGGUGAGAUCUGCUACAUUGGACACAUGGCUUCCAGAUCAGAUUGCAUUGAUUCAAUCUAUGGGAAAUGAGAAAUCAAAUUGCUACUGGGAAGCUGAACUGCCUCCUCGCUAUGAUAGAGUCGGAAUUGAGAAUUUUAUCCGUGCAAAGUAUGUAGAGAGAAGAUGGAUUCCUCGGGAUGGGAAAGCAAAAUUAUCUUCAACUAUGAGAGAAGAGACGGCUUCAGUUCAUAAAUCAGGAACUGGGAUUAGUAAUGGCAUUGGAUAUACUAAUGGCAUUAAACCUUUCUCUGAGGAGAGAAAAGGCCAUCAUCCGACCGUUUCAAAUCACAGUAUACCUGCUUCUAAAAGCAGCAGUCCUAUUCCUCCUAAGGUAUCCCAGCAGGUUGCUCCUGAACCAAAGCGUCAAGAAAUCCAUCAGGAAUCAAAGCCGGCAGCCCCAAAGGCUGAAUUGAGAGAGCAAGGGGCUAAUACUAUCCCAGUUGUAACCGCUUCCAAAGUUGAUUAUGCUACUGAACUUUUCAACAUGCUCUCCAUGGACUCUAGAGAAAACGACUCCAAGACAUCUACUGCUGAUGAUAAAGCAUUCCAGUCCACCGAAGCAACAUCAAAAGCCAAGGAAAAUGUUCCCUCGGAAUCCGUUGAAAUCAAGAGCCAAUCAAGCUCUGAAUUUGAGGAUAUAUUUAAAGAUUUACAGUGGGUCACACCUCCUAUUUCCAAUAAACCCCAAAAAGAAGUGAAGAAUGAUAUCAUGAACCUUUUUGAGAAGUCUAGUAUGGUGUCACCAUUUUCAGUCCAUCAACAGCAACUUGCAAUGCUAGCCCAACAGCAGUCCUUGCUCAUGGCUGCUGCAGCAAAGUCUUCUGGGGGGUCCCAAACAUAUUUUGGCAAUAGACUUCAACCUGGCCCCGACCCCAGUAGUAUGCACUACACUACACAGAAUUGGGGAAGCAUUGGCAAUCAAGUUCCCGGAGUAAUGAUGCCUGUAGCUGACCAACAAAAAUAUAUGCAGAUGGGAAACUUCCGACCUUCACAUCCUGCUGGGAGUUAUGCUUCUUAUCCAACAUCCAGCAUGUAUGGUACAGGUCCAGUAGCGCCAAUCAACGGUAUAACAACCACAGCAGUGAGUGGGCGUCCCACAACAUCUCCAGCGCUAUCCGUCAUUCCAUCUGAAAGUGACUAUGAUUUCUCAUCCUUAAUGACGUUUACAAAACGUUAAGCGCCGAGAAUAUAUAUGAUGGGUUUCUUUUAUCUUCAAAAAUAGCAAAUACUGUAAAUUUACAGGAAAAAAUAGCAUUUAAGGGGGAUGAUGGAUGCUUUCUUCUUUAUUGAAGGCUGCAAGCUGUGUGGAAGCAGAAUCAGAUUUUUUCUUUCUUUCUUAUUUUCGGGUGGUUCAUUUGUAUCAUUUAGUCUAUUGAUUAAAUAAAAUUAAAUCCAAAUUGCUUCACAUGA